CCCCUCUCUCACACGGAUGUAGUCUUACAGAGGGGGACUGCCGCCUGCACAGCCCACAGCCAUCACUUCCGGGUUACCAGCCGAAAACUCCAGGGAAACCGAGAGACUGAGCAAUGGAUGACAGGUACCUGGCGGGUGUGCAAUGGACCCCUCUCCAGCUCUACUCACAGCCCCCUCCCAGUAUUACCGGCCUGGUUCCCGUUUACCGGCCUGGCCCCUCCUCUCUAGCUCACCUGAGGCGCCAUUGCCUCCUUUCUCCUUGCCGGCGCCUCGUCCGCCUUUGUGUUGGACGCGCGUGCCUAGCGCUAAAAGAACUACAACUCCCGUGAUGCUCCGCGGGGCGGACCCUGCGCAGGCGCUCUGGUUAGAUUCGGUGGCGGCAGAGCAAUCCCUUUUGUUUGGUGGGCGACAGAUCCUUGAGAACCGAACCGGACCCAGCGAGUCCUGAACUUGUAUCCUCGCUGCAGCCACCGCAUCGGGAAUUAGGCCCUGCACGAUCCAUCGCAGGUUUACCUAGCGGAGAGCGGCUAUAACACCGGACCGUGCAGGAGCCCCCAAACCCGAGCCAGCACCGACACUUGUGGGAGGUGAGGGGCUGGCAGGAGGAAUACAUCCUAAAUAUCUAUAAACGGUGCACAUGCAUCCUAAAUAACCAUUAUACUGUUCACAUGCACCCUCGCUAUCCAUUACACUGUUCACAUGCACCCUCGCUAUCCGUCACGCCGUCCGCCUGCACCCUCGCUAUCCGUCACGCCGUCCGCCUGCACCCUCGCUAUCCGUCACGCCGUCCGCCUGCACCCUCGCUAUCCGUCACGCCGUCCGCCUGCACCUUCGCUAUCCGUCACGCCGUCCGCCUGCACCCUCGCUAUCCGUCACGCCGUCCGCCUGCACCCUCGCUAUCCGUCACGCCGUCCGCCUGCACCCUCGCUAUCCGUCCGCCUGCACCCUCGCUAUCCGUCCGCCUGCACCCUCGCUAUCCGUCCGCCUGCACCCUAAAUAUCCAUAGAGCUGUUCACGUGCACCCUAAAUAUCCAUAGAGCUGUUCACAUGCAUCCCAAAUACCAGUUUACUAUCCAUAUGUCAUCUGAACAUAUCGACUCCAUAUAUCCACGUGUGCUGGGUGUAUGCCCACUAAAUGGCAGCAUAUUAUGUAAAAUGGAUUUUCAUUACAUAGCAUUUAGAAGUCAUUGACUGAAAAGUACAUUUUGGCGUUAAUUCCCAGUUAUGUUGUCCGCAGAAAUGUUUCACAAUACUUCUAUCAGUCCCUGUAAAACGGUUACCAAAACUUUGUCUAACCUGCUUGUUAAUAAUGCAACACUGGAGGAUGCUGCAACUCCUGCCAUGGGGCCAGUUGUUUAUUUAACUAUUUGCAAACUUCAAGUCCAUUCCAAGUGAAGGUGGUUUGUGGUCAUUAAGUGAUAAUUUUGUCCUGUUUUCAAUCCUUUACGUCCUGUCUUCCAUGUGCACAGGUUACUCACUCAGGCAGAUAAACUGGCGGCCUCAAUGGGAAAGAAGCAAAACAAAACAAAAAUGGAAGAAGUAGUGGACGAGGAAGAGGAGGAGUAUGUGGUGGAGAAAGUCUUGGACAGACGGAUGGUAAAAGGGAAAGUUGAAUAUCUACUUAAAUGGAAAGGCUUCUCUGAGUAAGUUCUGCUUUCACUAAUGUUUAGAGAUUCAAUUACAAGUGUGUCCCCUGCCUAUGUAAUGGUUUGAGGAAAUACACUUUGGAAACCCUGCACAUGCACAAAGGCUUUUGUCAUGUACUGCUCAUAACUGCAUUUCAAGACAUCUGAAAUGGCUUUGUACCUAUCCCCUUUGUAAACACGUAAACCUGGGAAAUAGUCAAUUGCUACUCUUUGUCCUCUUUCAGGCUUUGGUCAUCACACAAUGUGAUUUACUCAGCUGUAUAUUCUUUGUGUUAUGUAAUUUAACACACAAUUCAAAGCUGGAAUUUUUCUAUAGUCUAUAUAAUUGUAGAUUCAUUGUUUAUUGAAUUUUCCCCGAACAUAGAUUUGCGGGAUUCCAUUCACAAAUAAGCUUAUCUGUGUUCAGGGAAGUUUCCCCGAACAUAUUUGCAAGAUUCCAUUCACUAGUAAGCUUAUUUAUGUUGGAGGAAGAUUCCCAGAAAAUAGAUACGCAAAAUUCCACUCGCGUAGGAUGCAGGAUUCCAUGCCCUAGUAAUCCGGUCUAUGUGCGAGGGAAUUCCCCCAAACGUGCUUUCUAUCCCACGUUUUUCCCUGAAAUAAGACCUUCCCCGAAAAUAAGCCCUAGUGCGUUUUUUGGGAGAAAAAUUCAUAUAAGACACGGUCUUAUUUUCGGGGACAGUCUGAUGCCCUCAGUGAGUGUUGGGUAUCAUAGUCCCAUCAUUAAUCCAAUCUUCAGAUCCAUAUUAAAUGCAGUGCUCUGUCAGAGCAGCUUUAUAUUUAUGUAAUUAUUAGUUUCAAAAAAGUUUUAAAAUAGUUUAAACUUAUAACUUUUAAUUCUUCACUUAUUUCUACAUUAUUUUUUUACGUUUAUGCCAGUAGUUCCUCUUGGCGUAAAUUAAUUAUAUAAUCAGGAACACAAGGAAUGUGCCAACUUGAAAACCACACUUACUUGAUUUUAGAGCUUUCAAGAGCAGUCUUCCAAAUUAUUUAUAUUUGUGUUGCCUAAGAAUUACCCAUUACACAUUGUGGUUCUAGUUCACAUCUCUGGCCUCUUCCCAGUACAGAAGAAACACUUUUUCGAUUCAGAAGCAGCUUCACAAACUUUUUGAAUGAAGUGUCUUUUUGGGGGGGAGAUUGGAUGUGAAUACCUCUGGUGUUUGCAGCGAGGACAACACGUGGGAGCCGGAGGAGAACCUGGACUGCCCUGACCUGAUUGCCGAGUUCCUGCAGUCACAGAAAACCGCUCAUGAGUCUGAGAAAGAUGGUGGAAAACGCAAAGGUGAUUCUGACACAGAGGUUGGGGAUGAGAGCAAGCCAAAGAAAAAGAAAGAGGAGGUGAGCAAUGAAAGAACAGCUUAAAUAGUGAAUGUAUGGUACGUUCCAAAAUUCUCUCAGGUUGCAGAGUGAUGAAAGAUAUUUUCAGAAUGACUCACACUGACUGAAGUACUUUUGAUGAUGUUUGAUUACCAAUACUGGUGCCUUUCUCAUUUCAGGCUGAGAAACCUCGUGGCUUCGCUCGGGGUUUGGAGCCAGAGAGGAUAAUUGGAGCUACUGACUCUAGUGGGGAGUUGAUGUUCUUGAUGAAGUGGUGAGUUGUUAACUAUAGUUUUGUUUCAAACAACAGUGAACACUGUUUAAAUAUGUACAUCUAGUCUGAUAUAUAAUUAUUUUCCAGCAAGAUCACCUAAGCCCAUAAUCAUUUUUUUUUUUUUCCUCUUAUGUUAACUGCAGGAAAAACUCUGAUGAAGCAGAUCUUGUCCCAGCCAAGGAAGCCAACGUGAAGUGCCCCCAGGUAGUGAUUUCUUUCUACGAGGAGCGACUGACGUGGCAUUCCUAUCCCUCCGAAGAUGAGGACAAGAAAGAAGAAAAAAACUGAGUGCCCUGCAUAUGCUAUGAACGCCAGCCUCACGUGGUUUGGUGAGAUUUUACACACCUCUAACUCCCAUGACAGGAAGGGGGAGAGCACCUGCAGGAUUCAGUCUGUCCUGGAGCCUUGGUCUGUAUUUUCCAUAGAUUGGGUUUUAGGGAAGUGUCAACCGGUGCAUAGCUCAGGAGACACUGCACCCUACAAGCUUCUCCUCCUCCUUCCCGAUAGUGUUACAAACUGCAUUUUUACUGAGUAGCAUGUAAUGUUUGGCUAUUAGUGAUGUCUGUCAAGACGUUGGUCACGGGGUAGGGAGGGGGAAUGGGAUAAAAUGGUUUUAUUUUAUAUUUUAAUCUUUUGAAAGAAGAGAGAGAAAAAUACUACCAACUGACAAGGAUCCUUCAGCCUAUUUACUGCCGGCAGUUCAGUUUCUGGGUCUUUGCUGUAUGGACCAUCCAGAAGAAGAAAAUGUGGAUUUGGGUGGAAACAUCUCCCUCUCCUUGGUCCUCUGAGACAGAACGUGGAACAAGUUCUGUUCAUGUUUUAUAACUAUUCCAAAUCAUGAACCAUUUAGUUUUCUUUAGCUCUUUGGUCUUGGUUACAUAUUCCGGAAUUACCUACAGAAUCAUUGUAUAAAUUUGUCUUUUUAAUUUUUAUUUUUUUUAGCAUGUGUUUAGGGUUCCGUGAAACAUUAACUGUAAAGUAAAUCGUAGAUAGCCUUUUGUCAGUCUGUUGUCCUAAUAAAACUUUUAGAUUUAUAAAUAAAGGUUCCUCAUUUUCAUUAGCACAUUAUUGUAACUAUUGAUGCAAGCCUAGCUUGAACUACCAUUUACACAAUGAGAGCCAGAUUAACUUCUGUGUGUGUAAAAUUUAUACAUUAUGUGCAAAAAUACAGUAAUCAUAUUUGGAGAUGGAGGAGGGGCGUGUGCACUACAACCAUCUUGUCUAAAUCUUAAAGCACUCAAGGAGAUGUACAGGGUUGUAG